CUCGACUUUAUCUCCCACUAUCCUUCUCGCCCUGCACCCACCACCCCUCUAUCUUGGUCGUAUUUGCGAGCCAGAGCUCCCAUCCUCGUUGUUCAUUCUCUCUUAUACGGUCCUUCAGCUCAGGCUUACACUGUCUGUGACGUGGUUCUUGUCUUUACUGUACUUUCCUUACGUUGAACGUGGAGCGGGCAAUAUCGAAGCACUUUUUCUAACCCUGACCUUGUUGCCCUCAAUUUCCCGAGUGGAUUUCUCGGCUCAACCAAGUGGGCUUUCCGAAAGACUCUUCUACGAUAUUACAAGACUGCUUGAACGUUCUCACAUCCUCGACCUCGUCAUCUGGGAACCCUGUAUCGACAACAUCUACCUCUGCAUGUCACCAUGACUCCUCCGGGGUUGGGUAAUGGGUCGCGUCAAAUAACUUCAACUCCCUGUCCUUGACCUUUGUCCAAGGUUUUAUAUUUGCCCUUGCACAACUCCAUCCAGGUCCCGUCUCCUGUCGUUACCAGCAAUGGAUCGCCUCCAAACUGAAGAUGGGCACCAUUUCAUUCGAGUAAGAAAUUUUACCUUCACAAUCUCAAAACAUGCGAUUGCGUCCUGCAUUCACUUGGAUGAUGACACUAUGAUACUGACCAGGAUUCUGUCUUUGUAGUCACUGGCACAAUUCAUUCGCCAACAUGAAAAGGCUCUUGCCAACAGCCUUCAGCUGUCCGUCCACCGACGGCAGAAUUCCUUGAAUAACUCCUCUUCCUCUUCUGCUUCUCCCUCCUCCAGUGUGACCUCGGGCAUGUCGGCCACCACGUCCUUGACCUCCUCCAGCGCACUCGCAGCUGCCUUUUCAUUUGCUGGCCUCAACUUCCGAUCACAUGCCGCAAAAGCCGCCCUCCUGACAUUGACCCCCCACCAUUUGUUCUUCCUCUUGUCCAAGAUGGAAGACAUAGACAUCGUCGUGGGCUCCAUGAACAUCAGACUGGAGAACCUCAACAAUGACCAUUCUUCCAAUUAUGUCUCCUUCCUUCAAUCCCACAAGCCUUCAAGAGGUAGGAGCGACAAGGACUCAAUUCAUUCGGUCUCCAGCAUGCGUAGUGUCAUGUCAGGUAUGAGCACGUUCUGGUCUUCCAUUGGGCUAGGAGGCUCGACAACCAAGAGCGAAAAGACGAAAGCUGCUACACAAGCUGAUCUGACCUACCUCUACUCGGCAUUCACAAAGCUGCCGUCGCUACGACUGACCACGGAUCAUCGAGCCCGGUUGAUCAAGGGCUAUGAGGAGUUUCCCUUUGACACGGCUGUGCCAUUGUUUGCGUUCAAGAAUCUACAACAGCUUGAUAUCGUCGACCUCGACUUUCGUCAGUUCUUCGGCUGGGACCGCCUAGCCGAGCAACUCACGCUGUUGACCGUCAAACGCGCCAACCUUGAGGAUCCGACCGAGCUACUGACGCACAUUGUGCUGGACGAUGCUGAAAAACGACGCAGGCGCUCCACUCGCGGCGGACGUGGGUCUCCGACACCUACGUCAUCGUGGACCGUUCCCUCCACUCCAAGGGCCGACUAUGCUCAGUCGCACUCAGAUCCUGGCUCGCCUGCUGAUGGUAGUCUGGACACUGAGGACAACAGUGAGUCUCUAGGGAAAGAAAAACCAUUGUCUGGCAGCGUCUCCCCCAAACGCCCCAGCCCAUCGCGACCGAACAGUUCGUACAGACACGUGCGCACAUAUUCUACCAAGGUGAAGAGGUCCGGCUCUGGAAGUUCUAAUUCCAGCGACUAUUCCAUCCAGCCGUAUCGUAGCGAUAGCACCCCCAAUCUCAUGGGGAUGAAUGUCCUGCCACCCUCAAAGUGGCAAAGACUAAAAUAUCUCUCCCUGGCGGACAACUCGUUGACCUCCAUCUCGGCGAGAAGUUUGGCACCCGUUGCAACCACGCUACGAUCCUUGAACUUGUCGUCCAAUCUUUUCACCGAAAUCCCUGACGGUGUUGCAAGUCUGACAAGACUCGUCUCCCUGGAUCUAUCGAACUGCAUGAUCAACUCACUCCAAUCUCUAGCUAAAUCUCCCCUGCCUGCGAUCCUGACGAUAAACUUCAAGGGCAAUCGCCUGCGAUCGCUUGCUGGAGUCGAACGACUAUUGUCCCUGGAGCAGCUCAAUGUCCAAGACAACCUGUUGACAGAUCCCAUGGAGAUGGCACGGCUGACUGGCAUCCCCAACUUGAAGCGGAUUUGGGUUAAGCGAAACCCAUUUACAAAAACCUCCUCCGACUACCGUGUUACUACUUUCAAUCUCUUCCGCCGAAGCCCAGGGUACGUCGAUGACAUGAUCAUUGACGAGUCAGGACCAGGGUAUUCGGAACGCAAGCAGCUGGUCGAACGGGUGCCUGAAACUGAACGUCAGUUGCACCAGCCAGUCAUCCGAAUUAAUGAGUCGCCUGUCAUUAUACAGCAACCUGAACAAGCGAGGCCCACGUCGACCGUGGCGGUCGAAACUUCGACCGGAUCAACACGACGUAAACGGGCACCUCGUCGCAGGAUCGUCGAUUUAGCCAAAGACGAAAGCUCUGGCCGAAUACCGAUUGAGGACAUAGCGGCGACGGUGGUUGUGGAACCAUCAGUCCCUCGCGGUCGUACAGACCAAGUCCCCAAAGCUCCGGGCCGCCGUCAGAGCGAGCCCAGUGCUGGAAUAAACGAAAUUCCACCCGAGGCUUUUGAAGCCUUAAUACCACCUGCAAAUGGCGUGAUUGACCGCCUUGACCAACAGGAUGACUACCGAGCCAAGAUUGAAGCCCUCCGCGCGGAGUUUGGCAGUAAUUGGCUCAGUGCCCUUGGUGAUCAGAAUUGGCAUAACAACCAUCUGAUAGAAGUCAAUCAAGGGCAGAACUUGGGACACAACUCGUUGCACCGAUCGGGGCACCAAGUUGUUGUCAGCGGCGGGCGGACUCUGGGAUAGGAGCCGCCCUAGGGUGAUAUGCAGUCGACCCAUUCUCGAGCGACAUUUGUGCUUUUGAAUUUUGUGAUUAGGGAAGCCCGGCUGUCUGAACUUUUUUGCAUGAAGCAUUCAUCAUAUACCCACUCGUUUUUGCUCUACAGGAGAGGUGCCCAUGCAUGGGAGGGGGAGGUUAAUAAGUAUCUCUGGUGGACCAGAGACUUGUCGCGGACCACAGAGAUUGAAGGUCUGUUGUUGUUACUGCAUAGCGAAGGUGCUUUGAGACAUGGUUACAUGGUUUCACGGCGACAUGGUUUGAUAAAAUUUGUUGCAUGAAGCACGAAGUAUGAAAACGAUGGAACGACGAGAGUUUUGGUACAUAGUGCUUCUCAAGAUGGCGAAUGAAUGACUGAUGAAAAGAGAUCUCUAAUCACUCUCUACUUUGAACCACUGAA